CUAACGGGGAAAGAAGCUCCGCAGUCUCCCCCGGCUUCUCUCCUGUGCUCCGGCUGCUCUCGGCUGGACUUUUGGCAUCAUGGAGCUCCGUUACCCGCUGCUGUUUUUGUGCCUGCUCAUCCCGCUGUGUCGGCCGGAGGGGUUCUGCUCGGCCAGGGUUCUGGAGCCCUAUGAUUUCCUGUUCGACUCUGCGGUGGAAGCCUACUACAAAGGGGACUGGUUAUCCGUCAUCCUGCACAUGGAAAAGGCUCUCCGGAACAAAGCUCUGGUCCGUAAAGUGAAGGUUGAAUGCCGGAUCAGCUGCGCCAACCAGACCGCCUUCAGUGAGCCUCUGGCCGGGCUCGGAGUUCCCAUCCCCGGGGCCGGGUCUGUGGAAGACCUGGGCUUCUUCCAGAAAAUCCUGAAACGGGCAGACUGUGUGAACUCCUGCGAAAGUGAACAACUCGGUCCACCGACUAUACACCAAGCCACUGAAGAAGUAGAACUGGAGUUUAAGAAAAGAACUCCUUAUAACUACUUACAAGUGGCUUAUUUUAAGAUCAAUAAGCUGGACAAAGCGGUAGCGGCUGCCAACACGUUCUUCCAGGCGAAUCCGGAUCACAUGGAGAUGAAGCAGAACCUGGACUACUACCGGAUGAUGGCGGGGGUUCAGGAGGAGGAUUUUAAGGACCUGGAGAUUAGGCCACAUAUGGCUGACUUCCUGCUGGGGAAACGUUACUACAGCGAUGACUCAUUUGGCCUCGCAGCGGAGCAUUUUGAAGCAGCAGUGGAUAAGUACUUCACCGCUGACAAAGAGUGCAGAGUGCUGUGUGAGGGGGCGUACAACUACGACGGAUACAACUACAUGGAGUACAGAGCCGACCUGUUCCAGGCCAUGACAGACCACUACACUCAGGUACUGAACUGUAAGCAGCGCUGCUCUGUGGAACUGGCAACCAAUGCCGGCAUCAAACUGUUUGAGGACUUCCUGCCUUCCCACUUCAACUACCUGCAGUUCUCCUACUACAACAGUGAGAAGUACGAGAAGGCCAUCGAGUGUGCAAAGACCUUCCUGCUGUUCCGCCCCAACGACGAGGUCAUGAACCAGAACCUGGCGUAUUAUUCUGUAGUUUUAGGGGAGGACAAAGCAGAAACCAUAUCAGCCAGACAGGUGGUAAAAGACUACAUUCGUCAGUCCAUCCUGGAGAAGGAGCUGCUGUACUUUGGAUAUGAAGCCUUUGGAAUCACUUUUGUAGAUCCUGACACGUGGACUCCUGAGGAUGUUAUGCCAAAGAAACUGAGAGACAAGCAGAAAGCUGACAGAGAGACUGCAGCGAGGAUCACCGAGGAAAUUGGAAACCUGAUGAAAGAGAUUGAAACCCUGGUUGAGGAGAAAAAGAAGGAUUCUUCAGACAUGGCCAAGAUGAUAACGCCACAGGAUGGCGGCUCGCUGUUGUACGAUGACAUCAGGGUGACGAUGACGUCGAAGCAGCUGAACGGUUCCAAGCGGGUGCUGCUGGAUGGAGUGAUCUCCGACGACGAGUGCAGGGAGCUGCAUCGCCUCUCGAAUGCCGCUGCGCUGAAGGGUGACGGCUACAGGGGGCGCCCUUCCCCACACUCCCCCAGUGAGAUGUUCCAGGGAGUUACCGUCCUGAAGGCUGUGAAGCUCGGACAGGAGGGGACGGUUCCACUGAAGAGCGCUCGACUGUUCUUCGACCUGAGCGAGAAGGUGAGGAAGGUUCUGGAGUCGUACUUCCGGGUGGACACAUUGUACUUCUCCUACUCCCACCUGGUCUGCCGCUCUGCUAUUGACGAGAAACAAGAGGAAAGGACAGACCUGAGUCACCCCGUCCACGUGGACAACUGUCUGCUGGUGUCUGAGAUGAACGAGUGUAUUAAAGAACCUCCUGCGUACACACACAGAGACUACAGCGCCAUCCUUUAUCUGAACGACGACUUUGAAGGAGGAGAUUUCAUUUUCACCGAGCUGGACGCCAAAACAGUCACGGCCGAGGUUCGUCCACAGUGCGGUCGCGUGGUCGGAUUCGGAUCUGGGAAGGAAAACCCUCACGGUGUCAGGGCCGUCACGAAGGGCCAGAGGUGUGCGGUGGCGCUGUGGUUCACCCUGGAUCCCACCCACGAGGAAAAGGAGAGAAUCCAGGCUCAGGAUAUGCUGAAGAUGUUUGCGACCCCUUUGGACGCAGAGUUCAGCAAAAAGGAGGUGACGGCGACGGACACUUCAGAGCCACCGACGACAACAACAACAACAACAGAAGCUCCACAGAAACCAGCAGAUGAUGAACACAUAGAUAAAUUAGCGGCAAGUAAGGAUGAAAAACCAGUGGAAGACGCACCGAAAGCCAAAACAGAGAAGACGGUAGCGAAGGGCAAAGCUGCUCCCAAAGCAAAGGCCAAGACGACGGAUAAAACCAAACCUGCCGCUAAAACCGACGGGAAAAAGACGGUGAAAACACAAGCCAAGCAGGCAGACAAAAAGGAGUCAAAAUCUGACAAAAAAGACCUAAAAUCUGACAAAAAGGAGACAAAAUCUGACAAAAAGGAACUGAAAUCAGAAAAAAAGGAGACGAAAUCUGUCAAAAAGGAGCAAAAAUCAGACAAAAAGGAACCGAAACCAGCUGCGAAACAGACAGUGAAACCGUCAGCUUCGAAGGAAUCGAAAACACCUAAAGCCUCAGACUCUCAGAACGGCAAAGAUGAGCUGUGAUCCAUGUGGCGUCUGUUUUAUACAAAGUCUACCAGGUCUUCUCUGUGGGGAAACAACGGCGGCGGUGGCGGUGUGUCACGCCCAAUUUAGGUCAAAAGAAACUCACAAAGCCAGGGUCAGAAGAUGAAUCCUCUGAGGAAAAACUCUGAAUUUCUAGGAUUUAUGUUGUGAAUGAAUGAAAACUUAGACGGUUUCUGGGAUUUGAGUGGAAAUUUUACAGGAAGAAACGUGAGUUUUCUUUGUCUUUACAAGACAAAGUACGUGAAAAGAGGCUCAGUGUGGUUUUUUCUUGCAAAUUUUCCACCUGUCAGUCUUGGUAAUUGCUAUGUUUUUUAUGACAUGUUCUCCUCACUGCAAAAAUCUAAAUCUGACCAAGAGUGAAAAUUAUCUUGGUCAGAUUUCUUGAAAUCAGAUUUUCCAGAUCUAUUGUUUAAAAACCAGUUCUUAUAUCUCACUGAAAAGUUCCUCUUUAGGUGAUUCUGUCUUAUUUUAAGUGUGAUGAGAUAUUUGGACUAGAAAUGAGAAAAAUACACUUGUUCAGAUUUACAUUUUUCCGGUGCUGCUCCGCUGUGUCUGUUUGAACCUACAGUGAUACACUGUCAUUGUGUUAAUAAUUAUUGUGUUUUUAAUUGAUCAGACAUUAACAAUAAUAAGACUUUCCCAGUCGCUGCUGUAUGAAUCACUGCAGUGUUUUUGUCCUUAACAUUUGUUUUUGUGCUGAAACGCCCAAAGCCACUGUUCACUGUGCACCGUCCAAAGCUCUGUUUCUGUGUUCGUGGUGCACAUGUUCAUCUCAGUUCUUAAUUUUCCUGAGUUUUUUUUUUCUUGUACUUUUGUUCUGGUGUUCAGGGGGAAUAAUAUAUAAUAUAACAAAGAUGAAUUCACAAGGAAACUCAACUUGGGAAUUUACAAAAAAAAUAAAAAUUAAAAAGUGAUUUUCUUACUUUGGGAGGAUUAGACUUUUUUUAUGAUAUUGAUUGAUU